AUGGGAAUAAAAGACCUUUUACCGCAUUUAAAGUCCAUUCAUAGAUAAAGGAAUGUCUCUGACUACAAGGGAAUGACUGUAGCCGUGGAUGGUUACAUUAAGGAGCAUAUACUUGUGCAAUGGACCUUGCUUAUGGGAGAGGAGUUGAUAACUAUUGUUAUGCUCAGGAGUAAAACCUUUGAUUAUCUUCGAUGGCUGCAGACUAAUAAUGAAAGAAAUCGAUAGAGAGCUCGAUAAGAAGCAGAAGAGUUUCAUAGACAAGGCAAUGUUCACAUGGCUAUGAGAAAAUUCUCUGAAUCAGUUGAUAUUACUCCAGAAAUGGCUUAUGAGUUUAUCUAAAUUCUCAAGUCUAGUGAUGUUGAGUAUUAUGUAGCGCCAUAUGAAGCAGAUGCUCAGCUUGCUUAUAUGUAUUUGUAGAAGAGAGCUCAAGUUGUGAUAACUGAAGAUUCUGACUUACUUAUCUUUGGAGUGAAAAAAGUAAUGUUCAAAAUGGACAAAAAUGGUUUUGGAACUGAGAUUGACCUUGACAGAUUAGGUGAAGUUGAGGAGCUCAAUUUCAAGUCUUUUACUUCUGAUAUGCUUUUAACAUGUUGUAUUUUAAGUGGAUGUGACUAUCUCGAUUCGAUAAAAGGGAUUGGCUUUAAGAAAGCUCACAAACUUGUCUUUGAUCAAGGGGACGAGUUGUAAAAUAUCUUGAAAAGAGUUAGACGUGAGGGAAAACUCUUAAUUCCUUAAGAUUACGAGAAGACUUUUGAGAAGGCAUUCCUAACCUUCAAAUUCUAAUUAGUUUACUGUCCAGAUAAGGAAGACCUCGUACAUUUAAAUGAUCCUGAUACUCAUCCCUAAGGUAAGCUACUAAAGAAUUACGCGAGCUUGGAAUUUCUGGGGAAAAAAUUAGAUCAAGAAACAGCUAAAGCAAUUGCAAUGGGAGAGAUUGACCCAAUGUCUCAUAAAUCAUAUGCUCAGUUGAUUUAUGAGAGAAACAACUUAAAGCCAGUGUUUUUCAGAAAGAAUCAAGGAACGACUAAAUAAGUUACAAUAAAGGACAACAAUGUCAAUAUCACUCAGAAGGAAUCUAAAGUUGUUGAAAAAAAGAAGGGCAAUCUAUUUAAUUUCUUUCAAAAAUCUACUAAGACUAAUGUAGUCAACUAAUAUGAAGAGGUAAUCAAUACCAAUCUAAUUUUAAACUCAUAGAUAAAAGUAGGAACUUAAGAAGACUCCCAGAACAAUAGCCUAAGUCAGCCAGAAAAGAAGUCUAAACCAAUCAUAAAGCCAAAAACCAACAAUUCAAACGAAGAAGAUGACGAGGCCACUCCUAUAAAGCAUUAAAUUGCUGGCUAAAUCAAUAAGAAACGAAAGUUUAAUGAGAUUCUAGGUUCUGAUGAGAAUGUAAACUCUUAGAACCAGCUGAUUGACUUUGAGGAACCGUCUUCCCAGGUUUUAGUAUCGAAGUUCUUUAGGAAUAAUGAUGGUUCAAUCACUCCAAUACCUUAAAUUGAAAGGAAAGAUCAAUAUGAAAUUCAGUCAAAAUAUACCGGUAUAGCUAAGUAAUUAGAACCGAAUGGAAGAAAGUAUCUAGACAUGUUUAAAUUUUAACCCCCUGGUAAGAUAUCUCAAGUUAAGUAGGCAUUAGAGCCUUUAUCAAUAAUUUAGCCAGCUUAAAAAUCCGUUACUCCUAUUCAAAUAAUGAGCAGUAAACUUGCUAUUGAAAAAUUAGAAUCAUUGGAAAAAUGCAGUCUAGAAUCACUUGAGGUUUAGGUAAAAUAAAUCUAAUCAAAGACUGAAACAAUGAGAGAGGUGUGCAAUAAGUCCAUGGAUGAUUUCAAAAAAUAUAUAAAUACGAAAGCGAUCAACUAUGGCUCUUCCUCAAACAUUAAUCUUGGGAGCAAAAGAAGUAGCAGUAUAAAUACCAAUAAUCUUAAACAUCAUCUAGGAGGGUAUAAGAACAAAAAUAAAGAAUUUAUAGGCUAAAUCUAGUAGUACUCUUAAGAUUCUUAGAGAUCAGACAAGAUUAGCUACUAGAAUUGUAAGAAAGAUUUGACUGGAGAUGAUUAAGUACUCGAUGAAUAAGCAGAUAUUGCUUAAAUUGAAUAAUAAAAUGAAGCAAUUGUCUCAACUUAAAUUAGUAAAGCCUAAGCUAAUGAUGAACAAGGAAAGUCAAGUAAAAAUGAAAGGAGUUUUCAAAUCUUGUAAUUCUUCGAUCAAUUCAAGAUGCCAAUAAAAGUAAACGCUUAAGUUAAAAAACCAUCAAUUAAUUAAUUGUGA